AUGGGAGAAGAGUUUGGUAAAUCUGGUUUGUACAUAGACGAUCUCUACACGCUACGAGUGAUCGAUCCGGAGGUUGCUAACGAGACGAACGACUUGCGGGAUGAGUGUGAAAAGUUUACCGAAAAACUUUCCGAAUUCCGACGCAUCAUCGAACAGUUUGCGAACAUCAUCGAAGUGUUCGCGGUGGAAGUUGACCAGGAAAAGAUGCGUGCGGUCGGUGUGCAGAACAUGCUGAAAACGUUCUCCAAGCAGCGCGAAUCCGAGCAGCAACAAAUACAGAGCGAAAUCAUCGAGAAAAUGGUCGAACUAGAUAAGCUAAAAAUUGAAUACCAAUAUCUGCAGCGAAUCGAAUCGGAGCAGCAGGAAAUGAUAGAUAAUUUCUAUCAAAACCAGUAA